GUCUCAUUGUAUUCGCGCAUUGCACAUAGUCAGUCACGAUCACGAGACUCAAACAAAUUAUCAAAUCAGACAAAUACGAAAUAUCUAAAAUGCCCCUACAAUUUUAAAAUAUCUGUAAUCUUGGAUAUAUAUUAAGUAUAAAAUAUACAAUUACUGUUGGUGUUUUAUGUGUAUUUCAAUAAAAAUGGUGUCAAUUAAGUCGUUUCUUAGAUUGUGAAUGGCUGGUAUCAAAGUACAAAACAACUAAAUGAAUGAUGCAGUCUAUAUUCUGGACAGGUAGAGUGCUAUCACGUGCUAUAAGAAAUGGGCUUUCCAAUUUCUCUAGUGCUGCUGAAUUAAACGUUUCGAAUAAAAAACAUCCAUAUUUAGUGUCAGUGGUAUGUGGUUUUCCUAAAGACAUUAGCAAUGGAAGAUCUCGCAAAGGUCAAUUCGGAGACGACGCAUGGUUUUCUACCAAUUGUAACAAUGCGGAUGUUAUUGGGGUCGCAGACGGCGUGGGAGGCUGGCGUGCGUAUGGCAUCGAUCCGGGCGAAUUCUCCUCGUAUCUCAUGAAAACCUGCGAAAGGCUCGUUCAGAUGGGCCAUUUCAAACUAUCAGAACCUAGCGAUCUGUUAGCUAAGUCGUAUUACGAAUUAUUGGAACAUAAGAAACCUAUAUUAGGUAGUAGCACAGCCUGUGUGAUGAUCCUGGACCGCAGCGAGAGCGUGAUGCGCGCGGCCAACAUAGGCGACAGCGGAUACAUGGUGGUGCGAGGCGGACGCGUCGUACACCGUUCCCACGAGCAGCAACACUACUUUAAUACGCCAUACCAACUCAGUUUACCACCCCCGGGACACGACCGGAAUGUGCUAAGUGACAGGCCCGAGUCAGCUGAGACAUUGGAAUUUCCGGUGGAAUGUGGCGAUGUAAUACUAGUAGCGACGGAUGGCGUGUUCGACAAUGUCCCCGAGCCUGUGCUGUUGGCUGAAAUGCGUCGCGCACAAGGCGUCGCCGGCGACUCGCAGCGUUUGCAAGCCGUAGCCAAUUCCAUAGCGUGGAUGGCCCGCAACCUUUCCUUCGAUGGUUGCUACAUGUCACCAUUUGCUAAAAGUGCGCGCCAGAAUGGCAUAGAUGCUAUUGGCGGAAAACCUGAUGACAUAACGGUGCUACUCGCAAUUGUAGCACUAUGAAGAUGUCUUCAUAUGUUUUAGAUAGAUUUUAGACAUGUGUUUUGUUCUAAACAUGUGUAAAAUAGUAGAAUUAGUGAUAAACUACGACACCAAAAACUUGCAAACUGGGUCAUAUACGUUAUUAAUUUUUCAGGACAUGUUUUAAUUAGAUAUUUUUAUGUUGAAAUUACGAAUUAGGUAACAUUUAAUUGUAUUUAGCAUUUGUGAGAUCAUGAUCUGAACCAAUUGGUAAAUAAAAUAAACUAAAAAUUGUGAUUUUGUAUGACAGCAAGCUGCACUAGUCUCUUGAAAGUGAUAUCGAGCUGUGUAUUGCAAUUUGCAAUUAUCUAUGCAAGUGAUUAAUUUAAUACUGUAUGUUUGAAAUUGUGAUGUUUUUUUUGUAAAAUAUACAUGUGAUCUCUAGAUAAUAUUGGAAUGACACAAGCUAAUUGUGCUUGUUUUAAUUGACAGUCCAUAAUUUGCACAGGAAUUUAUCUUACAAAUUAUCCAUGUCUCCACCGUGUACUGUAAUUAAUUACAGGAUUUACAGGAGGCCUAGUCAUAUAUUGCAAUGAACAUAGUCCAGACCAAACUAUUAAGACACAGGACUACGCG